GGGCCGUGUGGUGUCAUCUUGUCACGAAACUUUAUGCCUUAACACCAAGAGCCAUCGCAUUCCACGAAAUUGUAUACCUAGAGCUGGUUAUCGCGUUUAAAUGGAGUAACCCGUACCCGGAGCGGAGACAUUAGUUGACAUGAUAAUAGUCUGAACUAAUUACUAUAUACUCGAAAUUUAUCAGCCCACCACAACUCUGAUCGCAAUCACGAUGAAGCUUCUUCAACUUUCGGUACUUUCAUUUCUCAUGUUCAGAGGUACUCUAGAGUUAACGGUAACUAAUACCAUCAGCAAUUCAGGUCCACGCCUCGGUGAAACAAUAACGCUGAAUUGUAACAUUGUGAAUGGAAUCGCUAGUAGUGUUAUAUGGUACAAGGGCAGCGAUUCCAACACAAAGGAGAUAUAUAUGUCGCACAAUUGUUUAGUGGUUGAAGAAGAGUAUAAAGCAAGACUAACAAACGUCAAGUGUGAUACGAAUGAAUAUAUAUUUCAAUUAAGUAAUGUUGAAAUUUCGGACAGCGGGAAUUGGACGUGUGAGGCUAAUGGAGAGGAGGCCACAACCUUGGAAUUGGAUGUUUUAGUUCCACCCCUCACCCCGGCCGUCACAAACCCAUCACCGAUCAAAGUUGGAGACACUGCAAAUUUUACCUGCAAUGCCGAAAAUGAAAACGUCACGAAACCAGUCACGUACACGUGGACUAAAAAUGGCACCACUGUGUCACGAUCUGGGACUAAAGAACCUGGUGCUCUGCUUUUUUCACCCGUCAAGAAGGCUGAUGCGGGAAAAUAUGUCUGUGUUGCGAAAAAUGAUGCUGGCUCUAAGGCAAGCACUGUACAGGAUUUCGUUGUAUACUUUCCACCCCUGACCCCGGCCGUCAAAAAUCCAUCACCGAUCAAAGUUGGAGACACUGCAAAAUUUACCUGCAAUGCCGAAAAUGAAAACGUCACGAAACCAGUCACGUACACGUGGACUAAAAAUGGCACCACUGUGUCACCAGGGACAACUGAACCUGGUGCUCUGCUUUUUUCACCCGUCAAGAAGGCUGAUGAGGGAAAAUAUGUAUGUGUUGCGAAAAAUGAUGCUGGCUCUAAGACAAGCACUGAAGAGGAUUUCGUUGUAUACUUUCCACCCCUCACCCCGGCCGUCACAAACCCAUCACCGAUCAAAGUUGGAGACACUGCAAAUUUUACCUGCAAUGCCGAAAAUGAAAACGUCACGAAACCAGUCACGUACACGUGGACUAAAAAUGGCACCACUGUGUCACGAUCUGGGACUAAAGAACCUGGUACUCUGCUUUUUUCACCCGUCAAGAAGGCUGAUGCGGGAAAAUAUGUCUGUGUUGCGAAAAAUGAUGCUGGCUCUAAGGCAAGCACUGUACAGGAUUUCGUUGUAUACUACUCUCCUAGAAUAGACCCAGAGGCCAAAAUGAAGUAUGACGUGGAAGGAGAGAUAGGCAAGGAGGCAUCAUUCGAACUUUUCAUAAUCGCCAAACCGACUCCGGCAACAACUGGUUACAUUUGGUCCAAAGCUGACAUUAAACUUUCAAACUCAUUGUCCAAAUAUGAAAUUACAUCCGGGUCGACGUCGAGCAAGUUGUCAAUCAAAAACGUCACAUCCUCCGAUUAUGAUAACUAUACGUGUUCUGUGCAAACGAGCGGAUUUCAAGCGAUGGUUUUCAAAUUUAAGCUCCUCAAACCAGGUACUCGUCAGUUUAAGGUCACCAAUACCAUCAGCGAUUUACAUCCACGUCUCGGAGAAACGAUAAUGCUGAAUUGUAACAUUGUGCAUGGAAACGCUAACGGUGUUGCAUGGUACAAGGACAAACAGUUCGUCGAAAAAGUGAUUUAUUUGUCGCACAAUUGUUUUGUGAUUGCAGAAGAGUAUAAAUCAAGACUGACAAACGUCAAGUGUAAUUCGAAUGAUUAUAAUUUUCAAUUAAGUAAUGUCGACAUUUCGGACAGCGGGGAUUGGAGGUGUGUGGCUGAUAGAGAGGAGGCCACUACUUUGAGAUUGGAUGUUUUAGUUCCACCCCUGACCCCGGCCGUCAAAAAUCCAUCACCGAUCAAAGUUGGAGACACUGCAAAAUUUACCUGCAAUGCCGAAAAUGAAAACGUCACGAAACCUGUCACGUACACGUGGACUAAAAAUGGCACCACUGUGUCACCAGGGACUAAAGAACCAGGUGCUCUGCUUUUUUCACCUGUCAAGAAGGCUGAUGAGGGAAAAUAUGUCUGUGUUGCGAAAAAUGAUGCUGGCUCUAAGGCAAGCACUGAAGAGGAUUUCGUUGUAUACUUUCCGCUCAACGUUCAAGUCAAGAUCAAUAAGAUGACUGUGAAUGAACAUGGAUUCGUGCGGUUUGAAUGUGCCACCAGCGGUGACAACCCAUGGGUCAUCGAGCGGUACCAGUGGCUCUGGUUGAAGAUUGGCUCCCCCGCGGAACAGGUCAUCCAAGACACCGCGACCAGCACGCAGAAUGGGAAGUUCCUAGAGUUCACGCGCAUACCGUACGAUAGGAGUGGGACGUACACAUGUAAGGCUUGGAUCCUUGGUAGGAUGGAACAGGAAUCGGCAUUCCUGAAUGUGCAAUACUCUCCUAGAAUAGACCCAGAGGCCAAAAUGAAGUAUGACGUGGUAGGAGAGAUAGGCAAGGAUGCAUCAUUUGAACUGUUCACCAUCGCAAAUCCGGUCCCAGACACAUCUGGUUACGUCUGGUCUAAAGAUGACAACGUUCCACGGAAAUUUUCUUCAGGUUAUAAAUUAAUUUCCUGGCCAAAGACGUAUAGCAAGUUGAUAAUCAAAAACGUCACAUCCUCCGAUUAUGAGAAUUAUACGUGUUCUGUGAAAACAAGUGGAUUUCAAGCGAAGGUUUUUACAUUUCGGCUUCUCAAACCAGAGAAGCCCGAAGCGUCCCUCAUAGGUGUGAAUCGGAUAGCUGUUGUUGCUAUCGUUUGCAGUCUGGCCGGAGCAGGCAUUAUAGCGAUAACGGUCGUCAUUAUGGCUGUUGUUCUAUGGCAACGUGAUCUGCUGCGAUUGGGGAAGAGGCACAGUCACCGACCUGCAAAUAACACCGUUGACUACGAUGAUACCAGGGUUGAAUUCACAACAGCCGGAAUUCGCCCUGUACACACCUACGCCAACAUUGAGACUGAUCACGUAAAUGAUGUGUUUGACCCUGUACGCUGGCGUGGACAAAACCCCACACAGCCAGUGCCCACGGGGCACCACGUUCCGGUUCACCGAGUCCAUGAGAAUGAGCCAACAGACUCAGACGAUGACGUUUGUGCGUACGACUACGCGACAUGGCAGCAGGGUGUUCUAGGUCAAAGCCCAGUUCCUGAACCUCAGCAGAGUCAAAUGGAGUGUGGCUCCUCAGACGAUGAGUAUGGGGAGUACAUUUUAAGCGAUCCAAUGAGCAGGCAGGAGGGACAGGAGCCUGAAGGCACAUACAAUGAGCUACCAAUCCUCGCAGAAGACGAACAUAUGGAGCUAAGAAUCCUCGUAGAGGGGCAGCCUCACCGCAGCACAGCAGAGAGCAGUUCAAGCCAAGCCAAUGGGGCCAAUGGGAGGACUCCAAUUCGCUCGAAUGUGGCCCAAGAGUUGACUCCAAGUCGUUCGAAUGACGAUAUGGCAAACGAGCAAGGGUCACCAUAUGCGCAUUUAGAUCCAGUAGCGCCAGUAACGCCUGGAGAUUAUUUGGACUUCAGACAACUAGGUUCGGAAUAAUAGGGUAUCCACAUCCCAAUAGCCGGCGCAGAUAUUUACUUAAGUAUGCGUCAAAAAUACGUCGAAAUGCAGACGAGAUUAAGGUUACAAUGAAAUACCCUAGUGACAAUCAGUGUCACGUGGGGGCGGCUGUGGUAUUGCUGGUACGCUGUUAAGACCUAUCAGAAAACUCUCAGAGGGACACCUAUGUCGAGUUGUUUGUCUUUGCUUGUGAAACAGGUGGCGCUGUGUAUAACAUGAUAUAUUGUAUUGUUAAUGUAAUCUAUAGGAAGGUUGUGACCGUCGGUUACGUCACGUCGGUUUUCGUUGAUACUGGGCUCCAUCAAGGCCGCAAAAUUCCGCUGUACAUUUUAAUAGAUAGAAGUUCUUUUUGCCGCGAAAAGUCCUUACAGUAUAUCUUCAAAAAUGAGUGGUUUUGUAAUAUAUUGCGUACAUUUGAGCACUGACAUGACUGAAGUACUGUGGUAGCGUACCCGGGGACGAAAGAAUUCGAGCUUCGUGACAUAACCGAAGGUUUCCACCAGUCCGGUCCUAUAAGGUAUCGAUAUGUACGAUAUCCAUAGCCUGCAAUAUACAUACACCCGGGAAGAGUCUAGCAGCCCUAGUGGUGGGGAGGAGAACUAUAGUUUGCACAACUUUUAUGGAGACAUAAAGGUUUCGUUGAAGGAGAACUUUCUUCCAUUAGAUAAACUUUUGAAAGUGUUUAUAUUCAAUUCAGAUCCUAUUUGAUUCUGCGGACGAAAAGCAAAAACUUCGACCAGACUAAAUUCUGAUCCAAUCUUUAAUUUUCCGGAUCAAAAAUAUGUGUUUUGCAAACGCCACUAUAGUUUUCACAAAAUAGAUAGAGUUGAUGUUACGAAUGUAUGAUAGCAUGAGUUUCGAUUCAUUUUUAUUGUAAAAAAUGUCACCUUGUUUUUCAAAAUUAGCCUCUGAAAGCCAAAAUUGGCCAAAAUUUAACCACUAAAGUCGGCACAACUAUUUAUCGAACUUACUUCCAGCGGAGUAAGUUCUGAUAGUAUCGAAGAAAUUUCCAUUUAGACUAUCUUAUUCUGAUGUUGCGGACGAAAAGGAAAAACUUAGACCAAAUUAAAUGUUGAUCCAGCCUUAAGUUACCGGAUCAAGAUUUAGUAUAAACCGUAGAACCUCUCUAUUAACGACACCCUCGGGACUGACAAGUGCUGUCCUUAAUAGAGAAGUGUCCUGAUUGAGACGUCAAAUUGAAUGGAAACAAUCGAUUUGGGACCAAAACUGAUGUCCUCAAUAGAGAGGUGUCCGCUAAGGAAGGUUCUACUGUAAAUGAAUUUUGCCAACACCAUUAUUAGCCUGACAAGAAGACAUAUUUGAUAUUGCUAAUGUAUACCAUUACAUGUAUAAGCUUCUAUUCAUUAUCAUUGUAAAAUAGUAUGCCACAUCUGUUUCAGAAUAAGAUGUUGAAAGUUUGGCGUUGGCCAAAUUUUGGUGAAUACCACUUUUAAUAAUCCAAUUGUGACGAAUGGACUUAUAUUUUGAUUGCAUGUGUCCGAGUUGGCAAGGUUUGAUCGUUUAGAAGGUUUAGUUUUUAGUUUUGCAUGACUGUAUAAUAAAUAU